AGAUUCGAGAGGGCUAGUUGGUAAACGAAGAUCUAGAAAAAUAGGGUUUUGGGAAUAGUUGUGAAUUGAUAUUCAUCUGAUGCAGACGGGAUAGAAAUAAUUGGAUAUAGUAUUUUGACUAGACGAUUGACAAAUCGGCUUGAUAAUCAACCAUGGCGUCCGAGCAUGAUUUCCUCUUCUUAUUCUUGGCGCUCUUCACGCUCGUCAUGUUUGUCUUAACACAAGUCCUCAGUGCUCUUGCUACUGUACCUGGGGAUCCAGCUGGUUGGUUUCCUAACACCACCGAAGAAGUGUCCGAUGCGUACCCGGUCUUGGUUACCCCAGCAGGAUGGACCUUCUUAGUCUGGGCUAUCAUCUACAUCUGGAUGCUGAUCUAUGUCAUCUACAUCCUUACCACCAUCUGUCGAAGGAACAAGAAUGGACCGGUCUACAUGAACCCACCCGUCAUCACAGCAAACUUCCUCGCCUUCUUCACGCUGAACCUCGCCUUCAACAUCGUCUGGCUGUUCUUGUUCAGUAGGAGGGAGUUCGCCUGGUCGUUGGCCGAUUCGUGCCUGUUGGCGUUCUCCGCCUAUAUCUGUCUCUGGAUCAGUCAUCGCAACGUGGAGAAAUAUCGUGAUGUCAUGGAAACUAAUCACAAGGUUGAUCUGUGGUGCAAUCGAAUCCUUCUUCAGAAUGGUUUAGCUGUAUACGCAACGUGGACCACUAUCGCAACACUGAUCAAUCUUUCCAUCGCCCUCACCUACCUUGCUGACGUCAAGAACCUAUCAGCUAGUCUCAUCUCUCUCUCAAUCCUCACCGCCGAGGUCGUCGUCUAUUUCGUCGUCGAUACCUUCUACUGGGACCGAUACCUUCGUUAUACAUUCACCGUCUACCCCACCGUCAUUUGGGCCCUGUCCGGGGUCCUGUCUGAGAAUUGGGACCCGGACACGAAGACGUCGAUCUUCAACGCCGUUUUGCUGGCAGUAGGAUGUCUAUGUUUCGUCAUUAAGAUUGUCUUAGUGGUGUUUGUUAGGGACCAAUUGGAUUCCAAACCUUUUCCACAGUCAUCAGGGAAGGUUAAUAAGUACAUGCUAAAUGACGAGGAAAGUGACAUACCGAGUAUCACAAUGACAAAUAAGAAGCUUUACGAUAAUGCAGUUAAUUAAACAGAGAUAUGUAAUUGAAAGGAAUCCUCUUUUCUCUUUGUACAAAGCGGACAUUGUUGUAUGCAGGGCAACCGGAUAGGAGUUGGGAUGAUGUUGCCCUACGAAAGAUAAAAGUGUAUAAAAAGAAAAGAAGAGGAAGAAGAAGAAAACAAA